AUGACUGGACCCAUCUAUCUGCCCACAGCCACCUCUCCGGCACCCUCAAAGAGAUCCAAGUGGCCUAUCGUCGCUAUUCUUUCGCUGCUUGCCGGGGCUGCUCUGUACACGGCGCCAACAUUGAAUCUCAAUGUCCAGCCAGACACUCUCAAAGGGGCAUGUGUCCAGGCCGAGCCUAGAUUGCCCAAGGGGUACAAUGUGUCUGAGGUCCUCAAUGAGAAGGACAGGAUUGUUGACUGGCUCAGUCGAGCGGUUCAAAUUCCAACCGAGGUCUUUGACGAGAUGGGACCUAUCGAUGAGGAUCCCCGGUGGGCACCCUUGAAAAAGUUCCAAUCCUUUCUCGAGACCAGCUUUCCGAAACUCCACGCGACCAUGCUCAAGUCAGUGCACAAUCUAGCUCUAGUCUACGAAUGGCCUGGAUCCGACCCUUCGCUCAAACCUUUGCUCUUGACGGCCCACCAAGAUGUCGUGCCUGUGUUACCUGCCUCUCUGCCUCAAUGGGACAAACCGCCCUACUCUGGACUCUAUGAUGGUCAUUCGAUCUGGGGUAGAGGAUCCAGCGAUACCAAGGGCAGCUUGAUCGCUAUCAUGGCGGCUAUCGAGCACCUACUUGAGACGACAGAUUUCAAACCUGCUCGAACGAUCAUCCUUGGUUUCGGCAGCGAUGAAGAACGUGGAGGUCAAGUUGGUGCUCCUGCCAUUGCCAAGUACCUCUUGGACAAGUACGGUAAAGACUCAAUAUCUUUGCUCAUCGAUGAAGGAAGUGGACUGCUCACCAGCUGGGGUCAGCAUUUCGCCAUGCCUGGAGUCGCAGAAAAGGGACACUAUGAUUUGGGUAUCACAGUCGAAACCCUGGGAGGUCACAGUUCGGUACCACCUCCACACACUGGAGUAGGAUACAUGUCUCUCUUGUUGGCAGAGUUGGAAAGACAUCCGCAUCCAGUCUACCUCACCCAGUCGAGUCCCGUCUACGGAUUCAUGACUUGCGGUGCUGCCCAUGCAAAGGACAUGCCGAAGAGUCUGAGGCAUACCGUUUUGGAGACUCGAAAGGGCAAAUCAAAGGCCUGGUCAAGCCUGCCCCAUGAGAUCAUCCAGGCAGGGAUCUCGGGCGCUUCGACCGGCCCAGGUCAAGGCAAUGCCAUCGAAGCCAUGAUGACCACGACUCAAGCCGCGGAUAUCAUCAACGGAGGGCUCAAAGUCAAUGCAUUGCCUGAAUCGGUCCGAGCAGUUGUCAAUCACCGAGUUAACGUGGCUUCCAACCACAAAGAGCUCGAGGAACGCGUCAUUGAUAUCUUCCUACCAAUUGUCAAAUCGUACAACCUCACGUUGGUAGGGUUCGAUGGCAAGGCUGUCCACCAUGGCAACCCCCAUAGUCGCGUCCUUCUUGAUAAUGCCUAUGGUUACUAUACCGAUCCUGCUCCCAUCAGUCCGACAGAUGCUUCAGAUGCCGAUUCAGCGUGGACAGUCAUGGCCGGCACAGCGAGAGGCAUGUGGGCAAGUCGACCGCAGGUAUCAAAGGAUGGCAGUAUCGUCGAUCUCGAACCUGGCAAGGAUCUCAUUAUCAGUCCAUUCAUGUCUACCGGGAACACCGACACACGUCGAUAUUGGGACCUCACAAAAAAUAUAUACAGAUUCAGGUACUUCCAAAUGUCCGAACAGCACGGCGCUCAUACCAUCAAUGAGCAUGUGACUGCCGACGAUGUUGUCGAAUUUGUCCGAUGGUAUCAAGCCAUCAUACUGAGUAUGGAUCAAGCGACCAAUGUGGCAUAA